CCUCAUUCUUUCAGCUGAGAAAAUCCUUUCCAUGUUGUCCACAACUGUGAUGAAAAGAGAAGCCCCUCUAGCCAGAGACUGAACUUGUCUAUCAGGAAAAUACCAUUUACAGGACUUGUCAUGUCUCCCUUUCUGCGUAUUGGUUUAUCCAACUACGACAGUGGCCCUUACCUGCCAUCCCAGGGGGAGGUGAUUAACCCUUACUGUGCUGUGAUGGUUAAAGAAGCCGUGGAGUCAGAAAACGGCCAAGUGUAUGUGCAGAAGAAGCCCACCAUGUACCCACCCUGGAACAGCACUUUCGAUGCCCAUAUCAACAACGGCAGGGUCAUGCACAUCGUCGUCAAAGACAAAAGUGCUGAAAUGGUUUCAGAGACCACGGUAGAACUCAAGGUGCUGGCAGAGAGGUGCAAAAAGAGCAACGGGAAGACAGAGAUAUGGCUAGAACUGAAACCUCAAGGCCGAAUGCUGAUGAAUGCAAGAUACUUCCUGGAAAUAAGUGAUGCAAAGGACCUGGCUGACUGUGAGACCGAAGGCUUCUUCUCCUUGCAUCAGCGCAGGGGAGCCAUCAAACAGGCCAAAAUCCAUAAUGUCAAGUGUCACGAGUUCACAGCCACCUUCUUUCCACAACCCACCUUCUGCUCUGUCUGUCAUGAGUUUGUAUGGGGUCUGAAUAAACAAGGCUAUCAAUGCAGACAAUGUAACGCUGCCAUUCAUAAGAAGUGCAUUGACAAAGUAAUAGCCAAGUGUACGGGAUCAGCAAUCAACAGUAGAGAAACAAUGUUCCAUAAAGCACCUCACCGCUUCAAAGUCUACAACUACAAGAGCCCGACUUUUUGUGAGCACUGCGGCACACUCCUCUGGGGCCUUGCACGACAAGGAUUGAAGUGUGAUGCAUGUGGCAUGAACGUUCAUCACAAGUGCCAGACAAAAGUAGCAAACCUUUGUGGUGUUAACCAGAAACUAAUGGCUGAAGCUCUGGCAAUGAUAGAGAGCACCCAGCAG